AUGUCUUUUAUUGGGACACAACAGAAAUGCAAGGCCUGCGAGAAAACCGUGUAUCCGGUUGAGCUGUUGUCUGCUGAUGGUGUUAGCUAUCAUAAGUCUUGCUUCAAAUGUUCCCAUUGCAAAGGGACCCUCAAGCUGAGCAGCUACUCAUCAAUGGAGGGUGUGCUGUACUGCAAGCCUGACUAUGAACAGCUUUUUAAAGAGACCGGCAGUUUCAGCAAGAAUUUUCAGUCCCCUUCAAAGUCAGCUGAGAAGUCAACUCCAGAGUUUACGAGAUCACCUAGCAAAGCUGCUAGUAUGUUUUCUGGGACUCAAGACAAAUGCGCAACCUGUGGGAAAACAGCUUAUCCAUUGGAGAAGGUGACAGUGGAAAGCCAAAGCUACCACAAGUCUUGUUUCAAGUGUUCUCAUGGUGGAUGCUCGCUGACCCCAUCAAACUAUGCGGCCUUAGACGGCAUCUUAUACUGCAAACCUCAUUUUUCGCAGUUGUUCAAGGAAAAAGGGAGCUACAACCAUUUGAUCAAAUCUGCAUCCAUGAAACGCCCAACGGCAACAGUUCCCGAUUCUUAA